AUGGUCUACCUGGCCACAGCCGAAGAAUGGCAGCAGCAGUCUAUGCUGCUGUUGCAGGCGCGACCGACUACGACCAGAAUCACCACGAAGUACAAUAUUCCAAACCCUGAAUCGCCAGCACUGAAGAAAAAGCUUUUGAAGCGAAAGAGGGACAGUGAGAAGGACCAUGCAGAUACAGCAGCAGCAGCAGCGACCGAAGCGCAGGUCGCAACCCUCACAUUGAAAACCUAUGAUCCGGCUUCUGGAGUUGUGCUCAAAUUUCAGACGGACAAAGCAGCGCAUGUAGGUCGCUUGAUCAAUAGCUUGGGCCGUGCUGGGAGACACAUGGCUGCUCUGCCUGAGCAGCAAGAAGGUGAGAAACGGACUUGUUGGGAUGCUACUGCCUGGAUGCUAAGGUAUGCACAGCUCUCGAUAUAG